CAAACACGCGGGAUAGUUCAGCAGCAAGGUCGUCAAAAUGGGUGGAGGAACUUCACUGUGGGCUUCUCCCGACUGGAAGAAGGACCCCAGAGAAAUCUUCAACUCGAAACUUCUCCUUCUGGGCAUCACGAUCGCUUUUGCUGGCUGCUCUUACGGUUUUGAUCAAGGAAAUAUCGGAGGCGUUAUGACGUUCCCAUCCUUUCGAAAAGCCUUUGGUUUUGACACCAUAAGCGAAGCUGAAGCAAACACAAGAGAAGGAAACAUAGCGGCUAUGCUGGCGGCUGGUGGAAGCGGAGGUGCUUUACUAGCAGCCCCGUUAUCCGACUUUCUCGGGAGAAAGAAGUCUGUAACCGUUAUGGCAGGCCUCUUUCUUGUUGGAUGCUCCAUGCAAGAGGUUCCCAGCUUGGCAGUUCUUUAUGCCGGGAGACUACUAGCCGGACUAGCCAUCGGAGCAACUUCAAUGCUUGCGCCUCAAUACCUUGCGGAAAAUUCUCCAAAGUCGAUCAGAGGCUCUCUCACCACAUCUUACAACUUGAUGAUUAUACUGGCACUGGCGAUUGCCUUCUGGGUCAAUUAUGCGGUAAGCCUAUGGCCCGAAAAGGACCUUAACGACAAUAAGUCUUGGCAAUUAGCCCUAGGCAUUCAGUUGAUUCCUGGAUUCUUCUUAUUUGCCUUGAUCUGGUUUGUUGUCGAAACUCCACGUGCCCUUAUAUCGAAGGGGAAAAAUGAACAGGGGUUGAGGAAUCUCUGCGAGCUCAGGGGCUUGCCUGAAGACCACACAUAUGUCCGCCAAGAGUACAUGGAAAUUCUGGCUCAAGUAGAAGCAGAGCAAAAGACUGGAAAAGGUUAUGGCUACGUUCUUGUUGUCAAAGAUAUCGCCACCAAUGCGAGCAACCGCCGACGACUUUUCCUUGCUGUUAUGCUCUUUCUGUUCCACAAGCUCACUGGGACCGAUUCACUGAACUACUUUGCUCCUCAAUAUAAGAUCUUCGCUAUGGUUGGAGUUCCAGCGGGCUCAAGCUCACUUCUGACCACUGGAGUGUACGGUGUGGUCAAGCUUGCGACGACCAUCAUCUACGUAACAGUCAUCGUCGAUCGCGUUGGCCGCCGGCUCCCUCUCAUUGUUGGUGCCAUCAUCCAGGCAACGUCAAUGCUUUACAUCGGCCUCUUUCUUCGGUUCUCCAAAGUUGAGCCUGGCAGCGGAACAACCCCAGGCAGCAUCGUAGGCAUCAUCAUGAUAUAUCUUUAUGCAUUUGGCUGGUCAUUCGGCCACUCCGUCGCUCCGUAUGUUGUUGCUGCCGAGAUAUUUCCUUCGAGGAUUCGGUCAGUAUGCAUGUCUUGCUGCCUCUUCACGAACUGGAUUGUCAAUUAUGGCAUCACUUCCGCAACUCCUCACAUGCUGGCGAAAAUGAAGUACGGCACUUUCCUAUUCUUCGCCGUAAUGACAUACAUCGGCGCUAUUUUUGUCUUCUUCUGCCUUCCGGAACUCAAGGGCCGCAGCAUUGAGUCUAUGGAUGAUUUGUUUGCAAAUUCCCUUUGGACUAUGUUCAAACGCGCAUACCCUACUGCUGAUGAGAAGGUUCGACACGAUGUUCGGGAGCAGCUGCAUCAAGAAGAGAACAAGAACGUGCCGCACGUGUCCAUGAUUGAGGACAGUGGGAAACGAGCAUAA